AAUAAACUGUUUAGUAAUUUUCAGUGUUUUUCUUAAUUUAACAAUUGUUCUGUUGUAUUUUCUCUCCCUUCGACGCUGCUUGCAUAAACAGAUGCAACAAAUGAAGCGGAUCCGCCAGUGUUGUCUACAUGGAAUGUGGAAAACUUUCUCACUGUUCUACUUGAAUUAAAUCCCAAUUUGCAAAUAACCGCGAUUUUAAAUCAUCUCGAUUGUCCAGAGUUUAUGAUCUCAAGCCGUCAGUCUUUCAGUUUAUUUAAACAAAUUAUUUCUUAUGCUGCUAAUCAUCUAUCCUAUCUAUUACCUGCGGAUUUCUUUUAUCAUUUAUGGGCAAAUAUUUAUGGACAAUUUAGUUUAUUACAUUAUUGUUGUAUAUAUCCUGAUAUACUAUGUUUAACGGCUACUUGUUGGCCAUGUCGAUAUGUUGAUCUCACCCUAUAUCAUAUCUCAAUAAAUGAAGAUCAAAGUCUUUCGCUGCAGAUAUGGAAAAAUAUCGAUUAUGUUCAAACACUUCUAAGUCUGUCUGAAAGAGGUGUAUACUCAGAAGUCUACCAGCUUCUCAAACAAGCAUUCAUAUUAUGCCCGGAUAUACUGACAGCCACCUUACUUGAAACGAGUUUUUCUACCCUACGUAAUGUUAUGCUUGGUCAUGCAUUCGUGUAUUUCUUGACAAAUCGCAUGAAUUCACAAAUUAUCCUUCAAACAGCAUGGAAUGGUGGAAAGUCUAUUCGUCUAACAAGUACUGAAUUACAAUAUCAACGUCAUUUAUUGAUUGCUUCAUGCGUUGAAUACACAGCUCAGCUAUUGUCUGCUGUUGGUGCAUCUAGUGAACCGAGUACAUUAUCACCUCUGCCAAACUCUGAUAGUAGUUCCAGUGGCCAGUCUCAUAAAAGCACACUGGUGAAUUUUACACGCUUUGUAGAACUACUCGCAAGCAUCUCAGAUGAUCAUAAUACCAGUAAUAAUAGUAAUAAUAAUAGUAAUAGUAAUAAUAAUAAUAAUGUUCUUCGUGGAAGUACUAUCCUCCCAAUGUUGCUCGGUACAACAGAGAAUUCAUCUAAUACUAUUUCAAAUUUGUUACAUCAAAGAGUUACACCGUCAGGGAGCAGUAAUAACACCACUUCUGUACAACAGCAACAACAACAACACCAACAACCUGGUUUACCUAUUCAUUUAAUGUUACCGCCUAGUCAUGCAAUCGAUUUAACACUGGUUUUAGUUGUUUGUAUGGCAAAUGCUGUGGCUGCUGCAUCCUCGUCUACACGUACUGCUGGAACUGAAGGGAAUGUUUCGUUGGCAUAUAUUCAAGGUGCUAUCAAAUCAUUUCUUUCACAAUGGUUUACUGAACACUUUCGGGAUAAGAUAACAGCGGAUCCAUUUGCUCAUGGUGUUGUCGAUUAUCUACGUGCACAGUAUUCACUUCAUGUUUCUGGCAGUUCUUCUACUUUUAUACCACGUAGUAGAUUAGCUUUACCAGUUGAACUUCGUAAACCAUCACUUAGUUUACUAACGCAUAUUAUUCAAUCAGCUCAAGCAGCACUCAGGUCUAGUCCAUGUUUUGUUUCCCGUCCAAUUCUUGCUGAAGUACAUCAAUCCUUAACUACUCUACUCCAGUUAAUUAUCAAUUCAGCUCUUAAUCGUUCUAACAAUCAAUCUGUCUCAUCAUCAAGUAGCAGCAAUAGCGCCAGUAAUAGCGUAUCGGCUAUGAAAACAGGUGGAGCUGGCUCAACUCAAUCUCAUUUACAAACGAAUAGACUUCCAGCACCCCGACGCAAGGCAGCAGCACAGACCCCUGUUGGUAGUGGUGGCGGUGGUGGUAGCCUAAUCGGUCCAUCUGUGAUGACCACAGACAACAUUCCAACGUUGAAUAGUAAUAAUUUCUUAAACAAUUUCUCCUUGCCAAUGGAACAUCCACCUAUGGAACUUUCAUUUGUGAAUGAACCUAUUAAAAUUCAGUUGAGUAAAGAAGCGGAAGCCGAGGCGAAUACAUUCUUUCAAAAACUAUUGGAAGGCAUUAGUCCACCAGAUGAAAUGUUCAAAACACUGUACGAUUUUGCUACUCAAGGCACACCUGCUCAACGAAAACUUUUAGAUGGAAUUCUACGUAUGCUAGCGGAUGAAGUCUCUCGGCAUUUACAAGAUUAUCCUGAAGUUAUGCUACCGUUGAUCGCUGAUUUGUACGGUAGUGUUCUUGCAGCUAGUACUCAUCUCUUCUCAAUGCGUGCACUUUCGAUGCUAUGGCGUUCUGUAUUAGCUCGACUGUUUAUUCUGCCACCUGAAACACAUAUGGAUGCACCAUUGUUUCGAGCAAUGGUACAUAUUCUUAUGAAAGCCAAAAAUACAUUUGUGCAUUUUUCAAAUCUUCCAAAUUGUUUGGCCAGUUGUCCAGUCUUUAAACUGUUUCCACAUGACCUUCAAAGUUACAUUCUAAAUUCUGAAAUCGCCAUAAAGAAUUAUACAAUUUCACAACAGAAUGCUUCUUUAACUAAGAAUUUAACAACUACUGGCAGUAAUCCAUCGAAUCAACUUAUCGGUAGUGGUAGUAGUGGUGUUGCCGGUGCCGGUGGCGGUGGCGCUGCUGGUGGUGGUGGACAUUAUCAACAACACGCUGAAUCAUUGACACCAUCGACUAGUUUAAAUUUAACCAUGUCAACUUCUAGUGCUACAAAUGAUGUCUGUUUAAAAGCGCCUGAUGCACCAGAAGAAAGUAUUUCUGAUCGUAUCUACUUUUUAUUCAAUAAUGUAUCCAAGGUGAAUGCUAAAGAGAAAUCAAAUGAAUUAGCAAGUUUGCUAUCUGAGGAUCGAUUAAUCCCAUGGUUUGCAUUUUAUCUUGUGAGUAAACGAAUCCCUGUGGAACAAACAUUCCAUGAUUUAUUUGCCAUAGUUCUUGAUCAUAUUCAAGAACGUGUACCAAAUGUUAGACCAAAGGUGAUGUUUGAACUUAUCCGACAUAUCAAGUUUCUGUUACGCAAUAUGCGUCUGGACAAAGAUGAUAUGCAAGCACGUAGUACUUUGAAAAAUUUUGGCAGUUUUCUUGGUCUUAUCACUCUGGCGCGUAAUAAACCAGUUCUACAUGAUGAUUUAAACAUUAAAGAUCUUAUCUAUGAAGCUUAUUAUAAAGGUCCUAUACCUACACAAUAUGUAGUACCAUUUGUUGCUCGUGUUGUUCGUGGAGCUACUGAAAGUUUAGUCUUUCGUCCGCCUAAUCCAUGGACUAUGGCAAUUCUCAAGGUGUUACGUGAACUAUACGAUAUGGAUAAUGUGAAAGAUUGUCUACGAUUUGAAAUCGAAAUCCUCUAUCGAGCCUUUGACUUAAAUCUGAACGAGAUACCAUCAGCACAUUUCCUACGGGAUCCAACACAUUCCUCAAAUCUAGACAUAGAACUUUGCUUUAUUGCUACGACAACAACAACAGCAGGGACAAGUGUAACUACUACAGGUCAAAUUGUUAUCACAACGACGACUACCUCUGCAAUAACUAGUCUUGAUACAUCAUCAAUGUAUUCUGGUAUUAGUUCUUCGACAUCCGCCGCCGCAGCAGCGGCAGCAUCAGGAGAGUUGUCUGUAGCACCAACAACAACAUUCUCAACUGGACCAUCUGUCUCAAGUUUAUCGUCAUCAUCACAACAGCAGCAGCAGCAACAAAAACAACAAGUCUCCAGUCUGUAUUCCUUAGUUCAAAAACAACAAGUUUCUACAAUGGACUCUUUAUCUUCUGCACAACAACAGCAGCAACAACAACAACAGUCUGCUUAUUCGGCUGCUGGUUUAGAUAUUGCCAAUUUAGUUCAAAACGCUGCCGGUUCCGGUGCAAAUCCUAAUCGUCAAACAGCAGCGGCAUUCGCUGCCGCUGUAGCAGCUAUCAAGAAACAACAAUUCGGUGGUCCACCUGGUACCUGUCCAUCAACCUCAGUAUUGUCUAUGCAACAGCAUCAACAACAAUUGAAUGCUGCUAUGGCUGCAUUUCAGCAUACACCAGUAGCUGCUGCAGCAGCUGCGGCGGCGGCCGCGGCUGCACAGCAACAACAACAGCAGCAGCAAGCCCAACUAUCUCAUCAGCAAUCUACAACACCACAAGGUGUUUUACCUACUCACAAUAACUCUCUGCCUCAAUCUGUUGUUAACGGUCAGUCGGCAGCUACUACUGGCUCAUCAUUGGGUGGUGAUUUGAGCGGUGGCGGCGGUGGUGGUGGUGUUGGUGGCAGUACCAUGUUCACUGGACAUUUAUUACGUUAUGAAGAUGUGAAUAUCCGUAGUAUUCGGGCUUGUUUGAAUUUGGAUGAACUACUGACUAACGCAGCACUCGGUAGUCGAAAUACUGGGACCAAUCCGAAUGCAAUUACUGCUUCAUUUGCAUUAUUACAAGCGAAUCCUCGAUUGCGAAGCCUGAUUGAACCUGCUGUUAUACGAGCAAUUAAUGAAUUGACUACACCGGUAUUCGAACGAUGUGCACGUAUCACUGUGACUACAGUUGUAGCCAUUGUCCGUAAAGAUUUUGCUCUAGAUCCAGAUCCUGGACGUAUGUUAUACGCUGCUUGUCAAAUGAUUCGACAUCUUGCUGCUGGAAUGUCAUUGAUUACUGCAAGAGAAGCUUUGGGAAUGUCUUUAGUGACUAGCUUAAAAAAUAUUAUACUUGCUGAAGUUCAAUCGGCUACUGGUCAAGAGAAAGAAGCUGUUCAACAAUUGGCCUAUCUAGUCGUCGGUAGAAGUAUGCAUGUUUGCCUAGCAUAUAUGCAAAAGUCAGUUGCAGAGAAAGCUGUUAAAGAAGUUGAGAAAAAGCUAGAAGGUGAAAUUAAACUUCGUACUGAACUUGGUCCUAUACGUUUUAUGGAGCAGGCGGUCAGUCAAUUGUCACCUCAACAAUCCUCUAUGCCUGAUGGUCUACGCCUCUCUACUGGUGGUCCAAAUGCAGCUGAAAUGGCAGUUUAUGAAGAGUUCGGUCGCAUCAUUCCUGGAUUUGCUCCAAGUCCACCUGGAACUAAUACUAUAAUCAAUACAUCCACUUCAUCAUCACUUUUACCUCCUGCAACUUUAAAUUCACUGACACCGAAUCAACCACCGAUUUCUCCAUCUGCAGUGAAUUCAGCCGCCACUAUGGCUGCAUAUCUCCAGUUGUCUGCAACACAGAAACAACAGCUUUCUUCUGCUGGCCUACUUCAACGACAACCGGUUGCUCCUGCUGCUGCUGGUGUUGUAGGCAGUGGAUCUGGAGCUUUUGUUAAACCACCUUAUUCAUCAACUGGUGGAUCUCAACAACAAUCAGCGCCUUAUCAGGCCCCAUUGGCAGGUUUAUUUGACAAGAUUAUUGGACAAAUUGAGCGUCAUUUAGUCGCUAUAUCUGGAAGAUUACGUCCUGCAAACGAUCCAAUGUGUCAAUCACUACGUUGUCUAAUCGAUGCUAUCCACUUGGCCAAGUCUAGUCGUGAUACAAAUGUCGCCAGCAAUGUGAUUACUGUGAUGGUACAAAGUUUUCUGGAACACUAUCGACCAAGUUAUUGGCGUGAGCAGACUCGUGGUUUAGAGACAAUGGAACAUCUUAAAGAGGCUCAUAUGCUUACUCUACGGCAUUUGUUGUCUUUUGAACAAUCUCCAUUCGGUUAUGCAUGGGUUACGCGUCAAGUAACACUUACAUGGAUUCAUCUAGACGGUGGAAGCAGUAGCCAAAGUUCAAUGCCUUUAUCAUCAUCAUCAUCGUCAAAUACUGGUGGCGGUGUGUCAACCUCUGAUACCCUACAAAAUCAGGAGAGCGAUUUAAAAUCGACGAGUGAAAAAACUCAACUCGAUAUGACAGAUGCUGCUAAUGCAGCCAAUUGGGCAAGCUCUGGUUGGAAACAGUUCACCGAGAACAAUGGUAUCAAUUCUGGUAACUAUGAGAAUCGUUUUGGUUCAAUUAAAUGGAAUUGGGAAGCAUUUGCUGAACUCUUAAGAGUUCAUGUUAUCUAUUUCUCUCAAAUUGAUGCCUAUCUCUCUCAAGAAGUCUCAAAAGGUCAUCCAGCAGCAAUUACCUUUGUCAUUGAUCUAUUGGAUCAUUUUGUUCUGCCUAGUCCAACUGGUACAUCAUUGGGUGCUGCUGCUGCUGCAGCUGCUAGUUAUGCUCGUGCCAGCGCCUCAUCGUCGUCGUCGUCGUCGUCAACUUCUCAAUCGAAUCCUGUUAGCACUGCUACAUCAUCAUCCUCUGGUGGUGGUGGUAAUGUGAGCGUCUCCACAAAUUCCACCACUAGUGGUGGCGGUGGUGGUAGCGGCGGCGGCGGUGGUAGUGGCAGUGGUGUCGUCGGGGGGCCAAUAUCUCCGUCAACAAAGCGUGAAUUCACUGUCCUCAAUGAAUAUGAUUUAUGGUCAACACUAGAAGCAUUACGUCAUCGUGUUGCCUACCUGAAUAACAGUAAUAAUAGUCUAUCAUCAACAUCAUCGUUAACAGAUCCUCUUGGUUUAAGACUACGAUUAGCCUGUGCACGUUUACGUGGUCUGUUGGAUUUAGGACUUAUGGAACAAUCACCAUUAUUCAAUGUUGGUAGUGGUGGUGGUGGGCCAUCGGCGUCGACUAUCAGUGCAUUGUAUGCUGGAUGCAGUCAAGCGCAUGAAUUCGAUGAUCCACCUAAUCUUCAAGAGAAAGUUGAACUGAUCAUGAGAAAUUGGAUUGAAAUCUACCAGAGUCCUAAACAACGUGAUCCGGCUACUAUUGAAGCUUUAAUAAGCCAACUGACACAAAUCGGUGUACUACCCAAUAUUCAUAAUUCUACCCGAUUUUUACGAUUAGCCACGAUAUUUGUGAUUGAAAGAGCCUUGAAACAGUUGAAACUGCAAGAACAACAACAGCAACAACACCACCAACAUCAACAACAACAACAACAAGCUCAAAUUCCUAAUGGUGCUACUGGUAACGGAAGUACUACUAACGGAGCAGCAAAUCCAGCAAUCAAUCGUGUCGCCGCCUAUGUCGAGUUAGAUGCUUAUGCUCGUCUAGUCACUAUCAUCAUUAAUCAGUUAGGCGAAACACCUCAAGGGGAAUAUUCUAAUGCUAAGGUUGCAUUGUUGAACAAAGUGUUGGGGCUUAUUGCUGGCACAUUACUUCAAGAGCAUGAAGUUCGUCGUGAUUUAUUUCAUCCAAUGCCUUUUGAACGCCUAUUGGUUAUGCUGUUUGUGGAAUUACAAUCGCCAAAUGCAUUCCCAGCAAUACUUCCAUUCCCAAUCGGUAUUUCACCAAGAUCAGACGGUAAUCUGGAUGAAGGAUGCGUAGACACUGGUCCUAGUACUACUACUACUACUUCAGAUAGUGGCAAUAUUCAUCAAAACAUUGGAACAGAUAAAAGCAAACAAGGCGGCGAUAUGAGUGGCAGCGAAUCUCGGACUGCAGCCUCAUCGUUGAAAUCAUUGGGUCCACUAACGCUUCAACAACAAUUACCUCUUAUCUUUUGUCAUUUGUUACACUGUUUACGACCAGAGAAAGCGACUGCAUUUGUAUUUUCAUGGCUUGAAAUGUUAGCGCAUCGUUGGUUUGUUGGACGUAUUCUAUCCGCUCCAGGCCCACCGAAACUUCGUGCUGCCUAUCAGGCAAUGUAUGCUCAGUUAUUAGCUGAUUUGCUGAAGUUUUUGGGUUAUUUCCUACAGAAUGCUUUAAUGCCAAAACCGAUUCAGUGUUUAUACAAAGCAACCUUACGGUUAUUGUUGGUACUGAUACAUGAUUUUCCUGACUUUGUCUCGGAUUAUUAUGCAUUGUUCUGUGAUGUUGUCCCGUCAAACUCUAUCCAAAUGCGUAAUAUUAUCCUGUCUGCUCUUCCUAAACGUGGUAUUCCGUCGGCUGAUCCUUUACAGGCUCCUCCAGUUGAUCACUUGGCAUCACUUGAAGAUCCUACUGGAUAUUGUAUGGAGGCUGGAUCUCGCCUUCCAGAGCCAAUGCGAUGUGAAUUGGAUGCUUAUCUUACUACACGAGCUCCUGUAAAACUGUUGAGUGAAUUGGUCACUAUGCUAAGACGUGCUGAUGAUAUAAUGCCACCAAUACCACCGCCUCAAUUCGCCUAUCAUCCACAACAACAGGCUAGACAUCAACAAGCCCUUGCCGCGUAUGCUGUAGCACUAGCCGCCAAUGAUGUUGGCUCAACAACAAGCUCUAUGAUGAAUAAAGGCGAAGAAGUGAAGUCCACCGAGGAUCAUUUCACAUCGAAUCAAUCAGUCAAUAAGACACCUGGAAAGACUGGUACAUCAGAAUCAUGGGAAGCGAAUCCGUCUGACAGUAGUAGUACUGAUACAGCUAGUGGUGGAGGAACAGCAUCGACAAGAUCUGCUACUGCCUUACCCGAUACUGUGAAUGGAAGUUCUAGUGCCGCUUUAGCUGCUUUACUGUGGGGUGUACGCGCUACGCAACAGUUGGCAACAUUUGGUCUGGCUGACAGUAUGCAUUAUAAUAUUGAAUUAAUGACAAAUUUAACAUUAUACGUUUGUAUCACAGCGAUACGUAGUCUACGUGAGAAAGGCAUGCCUUUGAAUAUGAGCACUAUUGCGCAUACUCCACAAAUGGAUAUUAUACAAAGUCUAGUUUUAAAUCUUGAUAAUGAAGGUCGUUAUCUCCUACUGAAUUGUAUGGCAAAUCAACUUCGUUAUCCAAAUUCGCACACAUAUUACUUCAGUUAUACAAUAUUGUAUCUAUUCUCUGAACAAUCUAAAGAACAAGUAAAAGAACAAAUAAGUCGUGUUCUAAUGGAAAGAUUAAUUGUUAAUCGUCCACAUCCAUGGGGAUUGUUAAUGACUAGUGCAGAAUUGUUACGUAAUCCAGCUUAUCGAUUUUGGGAACAUGAAUUCGCUAGAUGUAAUCCAGAGAUUGAAGCAAUUGUGACAAUCGUUGCUCGUAGUUGUAUACCAAAUUUUCAAAUCCCUAAUGUUGUUGUAAAUUCUUCUUCUGAUGUCUGUACAACUUCCGGUGUUGUUUCAUCUGGAUUACGUUAUGCUCUGACGUCAUCAUCAGCUGCUGCUACUGCAACUGUUCAAGGUUCAAUGUGAUGAUGAUCAAUACUGCCAAUAUAUACACGUACAUACAGAUAUGUUGUGGUGAUGUGUAAAUUCCACACACAUACCCCUCCUUCUCGCCCCCCUUGGUCCCCCCUCUUGUGUACAAUGUGUAAUUUAUUUGUAUUUGUGUGACAAACACUGUGUUAUUGUCAUGAUUAUUGUUGUGUUGUUAUGUGUAGUGUAUAGAAGGUAAGAAAGAAAGGAAAUAAGCUUUUGAUCAGUUAAAGACAUCAUCAACUUCUCAAUCAUAUAUUGUCCUGUGUAUGUGUGUAUAUACUAUGUAUGUAUGUAUGUGUGUAUAUGUAUUUGUAUAUCAGAAGAAAGGAGUCGACGGUCGUCGCGGUCGUCGUCAGUUGGUGGUUUGUUGGUCGGUUUCGGUUGUCAACUCAUUUUGUUUCAUUUUUGCUUUCUUCUCCCUCUCCUUCAAACCCCACCCCCUGACACACACAACCAAUAUGUCUUUUGUUUUGUAUCCUCUUCUCUACACAUCACCCGACACAUUGAUUGAUUAUUGUUGACAAGUGUGUGUGUGUGUAUAUCUUCUUUCCCGCUUUCUUUCCUUCCUUCCUUCACAUAUAGAGUGUCCUCAUCUCAAGUAUGCUGUUGUUGUCGGUGGUGUUGUUGGUUUGGUGUGGUCGUUGUAUUCAUUGUAUUGGUGAGUAGUAGUAAGUGCUGUGUGAUAUUGAAUGUGAUGUGAUAGUGAACAUCAUAUUAUAGUAUUAUAUACAGACAGACGCUGCAUACAGUUUUAUGGAUUGAUUCCCUGUGUAAAGUUGUAACUCUUCUCCCCGUUUAUCCUCCUCCACGCCCUACUUUUUCCCCCGAUGCUGUAAUCAUAUAUAUAUAGUGAAAAUAAAAACAGUUGUUUUUUUUAGAGAA